AUCUAAUAAGUGCAGAACUGUUGUCCGACGCCGGUUCGCACGAGCGAGGACUACAAAAAAAAACCAACCGAACUCUAAGUCGUAGCUAAGUGACCGUGCACCUUUUAUUUAGCAUACAUAUAUACGUAUUUAUUAAGUAAAUUAUUAUUAUUAUUAUUAUUGUUAGCAACGUGCGUGAUUCUUCUACACGUAUAAUUAUCGAGUAUUGCCUUUCGUCUGGUCCAAGGACAAUUAUAGUUUCUGAGCAUCGUAAAGAGCAAAAGAAAACGUCUGAUCAAUAGCUUUAAAUAACGGAUUCUGGUGGCACUUCUUGGAAGGCAACAUCUUUACCGGCUUCGUAACAACAUAGGAAUAGCGUGGACUUGGGAAAGCCUGUCGUCAACUUCAUUGUAUUGGUUGAGGGGAAACUACAAGCAACCAAUUUAUUGUUUUCCUAUCGGCAGAGCGCUGUAGUUAUGCCCAGUAUGCGACAAUCGUACACCGUCACCGUCCCCGAAGAGCCACCGGCGGCCCCUUUCUCCUUCAUGAAACAGGAUAUGCGGAGAAAAAGCCCCCCACUGUCGCGGUCUAUGUUGGUGUCCACGUUUGUUGGACUUCUAAUCAACCAAGCCAAGAACUCAAAGAACGCUCAGGGUCUGGUGGGACUCAGGAACCUGGGAAACACAUGCUUUAUGAACUCCAUCCUGCAGUGUUUGAGUAACACUCAUGAUCUGAGGGACUAUUGUUUGCGUAACAGUCAUCGCACUGACCUCAAUAACAACUGCAGGGCAAAGGCUGACCUCAUGGAAGAGUUUGCCAAGCUGACUCAGACUCUCUGGACAUCAGCGAACAGUGAAGCCAUCAGUCCCUCUGACUUUAAAUCUCAGAUCCAAAAAUACGCCCCACGGUUCAUGGGCUACAAUCAGCAGGAUGCUCAGGAGUUUCUGCGUUUUCUUCUCGACGGUCUCCAUAACGAGGUGAACAGGGUGACAGUGAGACCCAGCGAGCCUGCCGAGGACUUUGACCAUCUCUCAGACGAUGAGAAAGGCAAGAGAAUGUGGAACAAGUAUCUGGAGAGAGAAGACAGCAAAGUAGUGGAGCUGUUUGUUGGACAGCUAAAGAGCUCACUCACCUGUAAUGAAUGUGGCUUCUGCUCCACCGUGUUCGAUCCAUUCUGGGAUCUGUCCCUACCCAUCGCCAAGACGUCUGGGGAAGUGAGUUUGAUGGACUGCCUAAGGCUCUUCACCAAAGAGGACGUUCUGGACGGGAAUGAGAAACCGACCUGCCAAAGGUGCAAAGCCAGACGGAAAUGCACAAAGAAAUUCUCCAUCCAGAAAUUCCCCAAGAUCCUUGUACUCCAUCUGAAACGCUUCUCAGAAGCCCGUGUCAGGACCGCUAAACUCUCCACGUUCGUCAACUUCCCCAUCAAAGAUUUGGACCUCAGGGAAUUCGCCUCCGACAGCAGCACGAAUGCCGUCUAUAAUCUGUACGCUGUCUCCAAUCACUCUGGUACCACGGUGGGUGGUCAUUACACUGCAUACUGCAAAAACCCCUGCACAGGAGAGUGGUACACAUACAACGACUCCAGAGUGAGCCCCAUGUCGUCCAGUCAGGUCCGAAGCAGCGAUGCAUACGUCCUGUUUUACGAGCUGGCUACCUCCUCGCGUUUGUGAAACUGACGUGGGUUCGUGGCUGUCGGGGACAGUAAAAAUCCUGGAGCGAAUGCUUUUCAGCCUUUGAUUCCUUAUGAAGGUCACUAAAGGUCAGGGAACUGAAAUCAGGCCCCGAACUACGCGCACAGGCCCAAAGCCUGGGACUCAAUUUUUGGAAGAGGCCUGUGCUCUGAUGGAGGAACUCAGUAAAUGCCUAAAGCUCAUGGACUCAUGAAAUAUCAUGUUUGGGGCCUGUAAAGCGGUUAUAAUGCAGCCUGGGACUAAAUUUUAUGGGCUGCCCAGAGAGAGAGGCUCCUGUUAAGGGCUGUCUCAACGUUUUAUUUUUUUUUUGUACCCCUAGCUGGAGCUUUCAGCUGCUCUUGGAGUGGGGAUGAGACUCUGGUCCUGUGACUGCGACAGAAAAAGACAGUUAAACACUACCUCUCAUACACGAGAAGGACAGUGUAUGUGUGUGUGUGUGUGUGUGAGAGAGAGAGAGAGAGAGAGAGAAAAAGAGUGAGUGUGUGCUUUCUCUAUGCACUCUGUAACUGAGGUGUUUCAUCCCCUCUUUUGGCUAUUACCAUGACAACGUGAAUGGCUCGUAACUUUUGUUCUAGUUUUGAUCUAUUUGCUUGUUAAUACCUUAAGAGAGCCUAAGAACCUUCAACUUGACGGAAUGGAUUGUCUCUUGUCGCCUCCUGGUGGGCAGUUUGGGUAUGGGACACAAUGUGGUUAAUCAUUGCUGUAGGGGUGGUCUUCCAAAUCAGCACUCUGAAUUUCAGUUCAUAUUUAUUUGAAAUUUCAAGUAAUUCAAAGUGGAUUCACUAGAUCCAAAUCAAAAAGAAAACAUCUGUCUACAUUCAAGCCUCCUGAUUCAUAACCGAGAGAAAUUUUUACAUCAAUCAGUACUGAGGGAGCGUUUGAAAUUUGGUCCAUAAAUCAACUACUGUAUCCAGAGCCAAGGCUCAAGUCACUGAAACCUUUUUUUUUUCUGUUUAAAUGUACCUUUUCAUCGCUUCCUCUAUCACAUUCCUUUUCUCUCGUUCUUUGUAUUCCUUUAGCCUGCAUCCACUGUUUGUGUUGUCAUAGCAAUGCAAUGAACCGAAGAGAAGAGUUCUUAUAGCACAAGAGUCAACUGGAGAAUGUGUGUGUGUUUGUGUGUGUGUGCGUGCGUGUGUGUGUGUGUACGUGUGUGUGUGUGUGUGUGCUU